GAAAUCUCCAUGGGACCUUCACUAUGACUUUUGGCUUGGUGUUGUUGGUGUUGUUGUUGGGAUAGCUAUCUGGCGACCAUGGCACAGAGCCGCUGUUGUUGUGAAUUGUCGAAGAAUGCCACAAAGAAGGAGAAGAGAGCGAGCUAGUAGACUAAGCCAACCUUGCCAUCUCCAGCUCUUGUCAGCCUGAAGUACAGUAGUGGCAUCCAACAACAACGAUACAACGAUACAUUGGACACCUCCAGCUUUCCAGAAGGCGAGGUCGGGUAGUGCAAUAGCUAGCUAUAGAACCAGAGAGAUAUUCCACCAUGACAACCCCGCUAAAGUUGGAUAUUGAUGAGGCCAUUGAACGACUUGGAAUGGGCCGGUUUCAACGCCGGCUCCUCUUGGCGGCGGGUCUCUGUAUUGCCGCCGAUACGAUAGAAGUCUUGCUAUUGAGUUUUCUAACGUUGGUCGUGACCAAGGAAUGGGAUUUGAAUCAUCAACAAGCAUCCGCCGUCACAUCGGUUGUCUUUAUCGGGGCAUUGAUUGGGACGCUAGUGCUGGGUCCAUUGGGGGAUGCCUUGGGACGAAAGCCACUCUUUGUGUUCUCCACAACUCUCAUUGCCGUGUGUGGAAUGCUCACGGCAUUGUCCACCACCUAUUGGAUCAUGAUGAUUUUCCAAUUUGGCGUGGGAAUCGGUGUGGGAGGUGUCGUCAUUCCAUUUGAUGCCAUUGCCGAGUUUAUACCCAAUGAACAGAGAGGUACACAACUCUUAAUUCUGGGAUACUUUUGGACACUGGGGACCAUGGCAGUGCCCAUCCUGGCAUGGCUGGGUCUCAAGGAAGAAUCCUCGUGGCGUCUCUUUGUCGUCUUGUGCAGUAUCCCAUGUGUUAUCUCCACCUUUUUAACCAUUGUAUUUGUUCCCGAAAGUCCACGAUGGCUACUCACCCAAGGCAAACACGAUCAAGCGUUGGAAAUCUUACGAACCGCCGCAGCCACCAACCAACUGGAUCCCACCGAAACGUUUCCAGAGGGUGUCACUCUUAUUGACAAACACGAAGCCGACACCGAAGUGGCAUCUGUUUUCACUCUUUUGAAACCGGAAUGGCGCAAAAUGACAAUCUUGCUGUGGUCGACAUGGAUUGGGUUGGCAUUCCUGUAUUGGGGAACCAUACAAGUGGUGACGUUGGUCUUUGUCGACGAAUCACAGCUCAAAAAUGGGGACGUUCUCACAUUUGAUUACGGAGCCAUUUUCUCAUCGAGUUGUGCCGAAAUUGUGGGACAAACGCUGGUCAUUCUACUCAUUCAUCGGGCCGGGCGGACCAAAAUCACGUCGCUCAUGUACCUGUUGGGUGGUAUUUGUGUCUUUGGUCUGUGUUGGGCCGCAUCUGACAUUACCACACCGCGCUCCGUAUUGGUCGUCUUGGCAUUCUUUGCACGGUGUUUUGCCAUGGGAGCCAGCAGCAUGACAUGGAUUGUCACGGCGGAGCUGCUGCCCACGCAAAUACGAACGACAGGACAUUCGGCGGCCAAUGGUGUCGCUCGAUUGGGUGGAGCCAUUUCUCCCUUUUUGGUAUCACCCGCCAACCCAAUUGGACUCAUCGGGCUGGUCAUGGGGGUCGUUAGUAUUCUCACCAGUGUUGUGGCAUGGAAUCUACCCGAAACGGCCGGAGCAGCAAUAGGAACGGCGGGAAAACGCGAGCUGGAUCCAGAUGGGAAACCUAUCCAAGUCAGCGAGAUUGUGUAGAGCAAUAGGAAAGAAGAAGAGUCACAUGUACAGUAUGAGUGCAGGCAAGAGGUGACCAAGACCACGACCGCCUUCCCAACAAGAAGUAAGAGCUAAGACAACCGGAACCCAGUCGUCGGACGCCAGAGAACUCGACAACAAGCAAUUCAAUGCACACUGUGCAGACGAGGCGUCUACAAUAGCUAAACUAGUCCUUGUCUG